CGAAUCGAUACCAGAAGCUUAGCUACCCAGAAUCUAUAUGAGUAUUAUAUUAACUACGAUGAUUACACUUAUGAAAGGAGUACACACUGAAUGUUUAUAGAAUCUAACCUACCAAUCACCGAUCACUAUUCACGGCGGCUGAUAUUUAUCGACCAAUGGAAAAGAACCAAUCGCGAGCACGGAAUUUACAUCGCAUUGAAUUCAAUUGGUCGAACGCGCUUUUCGACCUAUCCGAAACUUUCCGAUCGUUCCCGAGUUAUGUCACCAUUUUAAAGCCCAUCGUGUUCGACAUAAUCACGCAUUGCAUAGGUUAUGCGCUUCUUGUUAGGAUGACGUUCGCUGUCGUUCGUUUAUUGAACGCUGUUAAACACGUUGAUGUUAUUUCUACGAGUGCUUAUACCGUUCUCGAAGAGGACGAAAUACUUCGUAUAUUUUCAUUAAACAAGACAAAUUCUUCCAACAAUUUUACCAUUGUCAAUUUGAUCGAUAAUUUUGAUAACAACACCAACGUGGAAACGGACAAAGUUCUUUGGAAAAUGAAAGACACAGAAGUUAUUUCUACCAAUCAUUAUUACGGCGAGUUGACAUUUACAGAUACCUAUAAGAAAGAAAUUGAUUUGGAAGCAAGUAGAUUAUUUAAAUUGGUACCUGCGUACGAUCCUGGUGCAGGUAGCGUCAGUGUUGAAUGUAAAAGAGAUGCUGAAAUUUUUCAACGAGAACUCGCCAAAUUUACAUUAUGGGCUUUGACGAUGUACGAUGCAACGGCUAAGAUACCUUCCGGUCUUUUAAAUGGUAACGUAAAUCAAUUGGGUGAUUUCGAUGAGUGUAUAAACACGGUUGGAACAAAUGAUAUUCGGGGACAAUACUGUUUGGCUUAUUUGCAAUUAAACGUUGAUAAAUCACGAACCGAUUUGAAACACUUACAUCGUCUUCUUCAUUCACAUUACAUUAUUAAAAGCAACGUAACAGACCCAGGACAUAGAGUACCACGUUUCAGUACAGUGAAUUGGGCCGUUUGUACUCCAGCAUCUUGUUCACCUCAUGACGUUGAAAUAUCUCUUCGUGAUACUUUAUCCAAAUACACGUCUCAAAGUGGAUUACAAAUUUCAGUUCAUGUUGAUCGAGAUAUGUGUCAGGUGAAAAAUAAUCUACCACUUCCGAGAGAAACCAUUUUCGUUGGUAUUUUGUUCGUUACUGUAUUAGCAUUAACUCUCGUUGCUGCUUAUUACGAUCAUUAUAAAAUAUCUACCAACGAAAUUCUAUUAUCAUUUUCAAUUAAACGUAAUUUUAAUAAACUCGUCUCGUUGGAAAGAACUGAUGGGGAUAUAGCGAGUUUACAUGGUGUACGAGCUUUCAAUGCUUUGAUGUUAUUAUUAGCACACAAAAGUAUGGCAUUGUUUUUCAAUCCAUAUUCUAACAGAACUGAAAUGAGUGAGUAUUUAGGUAAACCAUGGACAGUUAUAGGAAGAGCUGCAAGUCUUUACACCGAUCCAUUUAUUAUGCUUUCUGGUCUUCUUACCAGUUAUUCUUUCAUUGGAAGAAUUAAAAAAACUGGCUAUUUGGAUAUUAAAAACGAAUAUCUAGGUCGACUUUUUAGACUGGUACCAACUUUAGGUGCAUUGAUAUUAUUUUGCACUUACAUCAUGCCACAUUUGGGUUCUGGACCUCAAUGGAAUUUGGUGGUAACACAACACGCAAAUAUUUGCAAACAAAACUGGUGGAAAAACUUUUUAUUCAUUCAUAAUUAUUUUGGAUUUGAAAAUAUGUGUUUAACGCACACGCAUCACAUAGGAAUAGACACACAAUUAUUUGCACUGUCUCCUUUCUUGGUACUGUUAUUAUAUAAGAAACCAAAAAUUGGUGGUAUAGUUUUACUUACUAUAGCUACAUUCUCAACAAUGUUAAGAUAUUACGUAACAUAUUCCAAACGUCUUAACAAUUAUGUUUACUUCGGUAUAUCAAUAAAACAACUGUUUGAUACGGCAAAUAUGUCGUACAUUUUACCGAGUCACAGAUUGACCGUAUACAUUAUGGGAAUAUUUGUUGGAUAUUUACUCCGAUUAUUACCUAAACAAUUUAAAAUGAAUAAAAAUACCUCUUACAUUGGUUGGAUUUUGUGUACAACAAUGUUCUUUGCAUCGGUUUUUGCUCCAGCAAAAAUGGGAAGUAUAGAUUACAUUUAUAAUCCAAUGCACGCAGCUAUGUAUAAUGCAUUUGCUCCUAUCGGAUGGUGCAUACUUUUCGCUUGGGUAAUAAUUAUGCAUCAAACAGGAAAUACCAAUGGAUGGUUAGGAAGAACUUUAGCUUGGAAAGGAUUCGUUGUUACCACCAGGCUCAGUUAUGCUAUUUAUUUGACACAAUUUCCGGUUUAUUUUUAUAACGUCGGACAUACUCGUAGUGUCGAGUAUUUUGAUUUCAUAAAACUGGUGUUUAACAUGACGGAAUUUUUCUGGAUCCUAAUUGCAUCCGUUACUUUAACUUUGCUCUUUGACACGCCCUUUCAAAAUAUUAAAAAUUAUUUAUUGAAAAAGCAAAGGAUACGAGAACAAAUAUUAGCUAAAUCAUUGAAAUCGGAAUAACACGGUUAUACUAAAUAUAUUUUAUUUUUUUUACCAAAAUUAGAUUUAAGUAUUGUAAAUAAUCUCGACAAAAUAUAUAUAUAUGCGUUUAUAUAUACUUGGUCGUAAUAGUAAUUAAUAAUAAAUCACAUUACUUGCGAUUGCAUUGUAUAUGAUGAUAUAUAAUGUAUAUAUGACUGUCAAGAAAAUAUUAGUCAUACUUGUAUGCGAAUAUAUAUAUAUGCAAUGGUAUAUAUAUAUU